AAAAAACACCUCCAUUAUGACUUGUACAAUUUGUAUAAAUGAUGGUAAUAUUAAAACAAUGUACAAUGAUUGUAUUAUUGAGAGUUUGGAAAAAAUUAAAUUUCAUUACAUGAGUUUAAAAGGUAAACUAAAUGAAAAUGAACAAUUAACAAAGACUCUCAGAGAAGAAAAUGAUAAACUUAAAAAGAUUUUAAGUCAGCAUGAAUCAAUUGAAAAUAACGAAACAAAAAAACGUCGCACUGCGAGUUGCGAAGAAGACACCGAUUCGGAAAUAUCAUUUUCACAAAAUGUUGUUAAAUCGAUUGCACAAAAGUCAGCAGAUGAUUUGAAUAUGGCUUUGAAUUUUGAUGAAGAAGAAUUUGAGUUAUCUUUCAUUCCGAGUACUCAAGUGGAAGUUGAAAGGAAAAAGAAACUGGGAACAGCCAAGGAAAGGGAACCUUUAAAGGUUUUACCAGUUAAAACUCAAAUUUCGAAUGAUAACAAGCCAUUGAUUAUUAAACAAGAAUCCAAGUUAAAUGAGGAAAUAGAUACAAAGUGCAAUAAGAGUUUGAGUCUUAAGAAAUCAUCUUCGUGGAUUUCAAAAGAAAAUGAAUUGAAAAGAUCGGUUUUGGGUGGAUCUAUACAAAAGAGAACACCGAAUAGAAGUUUAAGACUCAUCAAACAAGAGCAUAAAAAUACAAGCAUGUCACUCAAGCCAGGCAAACUGAGGCAAACUAGACUCCAAUUGGAUAUAAGUAAAAACUUAUCAGGCAACUUUUCUGACACAACUUUCUGUGAUGAAGCAAUCGAAGCCAGUCCAAAUGCAGAUUCUUCUUUAAAAAGAAUCAAUUCUUCAAAACAAUGGCAACUCAGAAAUAUAAGUUCCAAACUAAUAAAAUCAGAUGAUGACUCCUCCAUUUUAAAUUUCACAAAUCCAAGUCCAAAAAAAGAGACAAAAUCACAAAGUCCGCCAAAAAAUAAUAAUAAUAAUUCCUUGGAAACUUCAAGUGUUGUAAUGUUUACACCUGCAUCCCAAGAUAUUAUAUUCUUAGACGAUAGUUCUGAAAGCUUUAACAUUGAAUCAAUGGAUUUACUGAAGGAUUUGAUGAAUCCAACUGAGAAUUUGAGUAAUUUGAAAAGAAUUGAAUCAAAUGGAAUAAAAAUGCUUCAAAAAACCAACGGUGGACAUGCCGGUGGAUCCGGAAACAUUCCAAGUAAAUGUUCAGAUUUUGAUGAAAAGCAAAAUCCAAAAACAAUUUUCAAAACCGAGCAUGAAUUUGCCAAACCCAAGGCGGUGGAUAAAAAUGAAUUAAAAAACCCUCUUAAAGAAGAUAACGCAUUAAUUAAAGAUAAUUCUGAUUUUGGAAACAACAAUAAACCUCAUAUUUCAACCCCCCUCAAAACGGGAUCAACAACUGAUGGCACGAAAAGAGCAAGAAAAUUUGAUAUAAAUUGCAAUGAAUGUCAAACGUAUAUUAAGUAUCUUGGAGCACGUUUAACUGACGAACAAAUCGAACAGCAUAUUCGCAAUUGUACGAAUCAUAAAAAACCUAUUGACGAUAAUUUAACACCAGAUGGAUUCUGGGAUCCAGUUAUAAAACCAUUUGCCAGUGAUGAUCCUCGGAACCUAACGAUCAUUGAUGAUCCUUUUGUAGAGAAAAAAAAUUAAUUUCUUCUUGUUUUG